CACGGCUGACUUCGGCCGCCAGUGCACGGAAGAGACUCUCGCUCUUGAAAUGGCCACGUUCGCGACACAGGGCAAGAAAAGCGCCGCCGAUGGGGAUGGAGAGGGAGAUCUCUCCGAAUUUAUCUGCCCCGUCUGCCUGGAGAUAUUUGAGCGACCAGUGAAGACACAGUGCGGCCAUACGUUCUGCACUAGCUGCCUGCAGGAAUGCCUGCGGCCCCAGAAGCCUGUGUGCGCUGUGUGCCGGGCACCACUUGACCAGUGGGCCAGGGCCAUGGACAUUGAGGAGCUGAUCCAGAACUCCGUGGGAGCCUGUAAGGGCUGUGGGACAGAGGUGCGCCUGUCCCAGAUGAGGGGCCACACUGCCUCCUGCUCCAAGUACCAAGAGUAUAUCGAUGAAGGGGUUAGAAGCACUGCCAAGUCCCAGCCUGCCAUAGUCAGCUCAGUGCCAAACCGGUACACGUUCUCCUGUCCAUAUUGCAACUGCCGGAACCUGGACCAAGACGGGUUGGUGGAGCACUGCACGUCCCAGCACUCCAGAGACACGCGUCACGUGGUGUGCCCGAUCUGUGCCUCAAUGCCCUGGGGUGACCCAAACUACCGGAGUGCCGAUUUCUUCCAGCACUUAAAAAUCAGACAUACCUUCUCUUACGACACUUUUGUGGAUUACGCUGCAGACGAACACACUAUGAUCCAGGAGGCUCUGCAGCGCUCCCUGACGGACAAAUGAGGCAACCGGCGGGAGGUGCUGUUCAGCCUUCUUGCCCCUCUUCACGGGUACAUCAUGGGAUUAAGGGCAGCAGAGCAAUCUAGUUAGACCCCGUAGCAAUGAUUCAACAUCCCUCUUUGGACAAGUCAUCCUUUAAUUUCUGCACUGUUACAGCAAGCACAUGGUUUAAGUCUUCUGAAAAUUGUGAAUUGAGAUGUGCUUGAUAUGGUGAAAUACUUGAUAUCCAUAGAGCAGAUUCAAUGUUUGUUAGUAUUUACAAUGGUUAUUGUCACAUUUAAUUUGUUAUCCUGAAAUGGCUGAUGAUGAGUAAUGUGUUGUCAGUUAGUCCAGUUCUUGAGGCUCAUAAAUAGGUAUUGGUCCAUGGUGUCUUUAUUGAACUCUAAAUAUUUCAGAUGAAUUAACAAAAAAGGUUCCCUCAUAUUGCCCCCUUUAAAGUUUCCUAGUUCCUUCAAGUUGCCUUUGCACUAACAUGCAUCUAGUGAUCAAGUAAUAAUGAUGCAAUUUUUAAAGGAUGCAUUGAGUCCUUACUUGAGUUGUAUUUUUUUCAGUGAUAGGUGUUGGCCAACACUUACUUUAUUCAUUUA